UUACAGUUACGAACGUUGCUUUGUGUUGACACAAUAAACAAAUAACAAUAAGAGCCACAAUGCUUCCAAGAUCGUUACAUUCGACCUUCCUAGCUUGCCUACUGCUAGCGUCUGCGCUUAGUAUAGAAGGUGCCAAGCGACGAUCCCGACUUGAUUUACCAAUUUCGAAACCAGCGGAUGCUCCGCUAGAGGAUAACAUUGCCACUGCCUCCGGAUCGGAUCCAACUUAUGAACGAGCGGAAUCAGUGGCCGUGGUUGCCACCAAUGCCGCACCGACGGCAUCCUCCACUGAAACCGAAACUUCCAACAGCUCUGGUAGCGGAAGUUCAGAAAACAGCUCCCAGAUGGUCGACGAGUACACCGACGAAGACUGUGAUCCGGACUUUGUGGCGUUUGAGCUGGUGACGGGCUAUGUCUUCUCAGCACCAAACAAGCUACUCGACUCCGUCCCCGGAACGCUUAUGCUAACCGACUGUCUGGAAGCUUGUCAAAGCAAUGAUUCAUGUGCCUCCGUCAACUACGAAACUGGACUCUGUGUGCUGUUCUCUUCCAAUUCUGACAAAUUGCCAGGCGCUUUGACUAAGUCUCAAUUCCCGGUGUUCACUAUCUAUGCCCAGAAGUCCUGCCUAAAGCUGCGUCCAUGUGAGCGCGCCUGGUGCAUCGACAGGGUGCAAGGUUACAAGCUCAAUGGCCACGUCAAGCGUACCGCCCAGGUCGUCAAUCGUCGCGACUGCCUCGAGAUGUGUUUGGGUGAAAACGAAUUCACAUGCCGGUCUGCCAACUUCUACCAAUCGACCAUGACUUGCGAGCUGUCCGAUAUGGACCGUAUCACCCUGGCUGGAUCCAGUGCAUUCCAAGUUGCCGAGACAUCCGACUACCUGGAAAACAACUGUGCCGAAGAACCAACGAAGCUGUGCGAAUUCAAGCGUAUGUCUGGCCGUAUUUUGAAGACAGUCGAUUCCGUUUACCAGGACGUAGCCAGUGUUGAUGAAUGCCGUGAACUGUGCCUGAGCUCGCCAUACCGCUGCCACUCGUACGACUACGGCGAUACCGGAGAUAUGGUCUGCCGUCUGUCUCACCACAGCCGUGCCACUCUUGCCGACAUCCAAGAUCCCUACCUAGACGUGCCAGAAGCUGCCACCUAUGAACUUUCCUCGUGCUACAACGUCUCGAUCGAAUGCCGCGCCGGAGAUAUGAUUGCUAAGAUCCGCACUUCCAAAUUGUUUGAUGGAAAGGUUUACGCCAAGGGUGCUCCCAACUCUUGCUCUGUUGAUGUCAAGAACUCACUUGAAUUCGAACUGCGCAUGGGCUAUCAAGAUAUCGACUGCAAUGUCCGUCAGAACGGUCUUGGGCGUUAUCUCAACGACGUUGUCAUUCAGCACCACGACACUAUCGUUACUUCAUCCGAUUUGGGCCUUGCCGUCACUUGCCAGUACGAUCUUACCAACAAGACUGUAUCCAACGAUGUGGAUCUAGAUGUAACCGGAGAUAUCGAACCAGCUCUAUCUGAAGAAGUGGUUGUCGACUCACCAAACGUUGUCAUGAAGAUCACUACUCGCGACGGUGCCGAUAUGAUGCGUACUGCCGAAGUCGGAGAUGCCCUUGCCCUGCGUUUCGAAAUUUUGGAUCCACAGUCACCAUAUGAGAUCUUUGUUCGUGAACUGGUUGCUAUGGAUGGAGUGGACAGCAGCGAAAUCACCCUCAUCGAUGCCCGUGGUUGUCCAACUGAUCAUUUCAUCAUGGGACCAAUCUACAAGAGCGCAACGUCUGGAAAGAUCCUUCUCUCGCAUUUCGAUGCCUUCAAGUUCCCGUCUUCGGAAAUGGUUCAGUUCCGUGCUUUGGUCACUCCAUGUAUGCCAACUUGUGAACCAGUUCAGUGCGAUCACGACGACUUUGCUGCUGGUGAACUGCGCUCCAUCGUUUCUUACGGACGUAAACGCCGCUCUAUCAAUACUACCGCAGAACACAGCUUCCUGCGCCAACGCCGGGAAACUACUCACCAGGCUCCUCAAGAUGAUAUGCUGCUUGUUCAAUCGAUCCAAAUCACUGAUAAGUUUGGAUUCGAAAAACAACAAGCCAAGCCAAAAAUCAGCAGCAGCGAAACUGUCUUUGUUGCCUCCUCCGAUGCCCAAGGCAUUUGCGUUAAUGGACUCGGUCUUAUCGUUGCCGGAGCCGUCUUCCUGCUCGGACAACUCGCCGUUAUCGCCAUCUGGACCUUUCUGUGGCAACGUCGCAGGAAGCAGCGCCAGUUCGAGAAUGCAUCGAUGGGCUCGUCGGUAAUGCCAAGCCCGACCAUGGCCGGUAGCCGAGGGGAUUCGAUGUGCAAACUUUACGACAGUGGCUAUGCUGGAAGGCACUUCUAAACACUCUCUCUCUCUCUCUCUCCAAAACUACACAUACAACACAUAUACCACAUAAGGCUGAUCUAUUUCCACAUCCCUGUACCCCACAGAUUAAUGCCUAGAAUCAAAACCCAUCAUUGCACAAAAAUUCAUCAUCAUAAACUUCUAAAAUUUCUUAGAGCACAUCCGUUUACAUCGUUUUAGGAUUAGGUUUGCAUAUGUUUUUCCCUGUGCAGCUCGGUUCGAGCUGCGUGGAAAAAAAUUGAGCAACAGAACUGCCAUUUAAUGGUCUAAUUAUGUAGUAUUUUUCGCCUGAACCACCAUCUGGAAAGGAAACAUUUUUUGACGACCAGUAAAAAUGUGAGAGA